UUUUAUUAUGGGAGAUGAAACAGGUGGAGAGUGAGUGUUGAGAUUUUAAGGGUCAUAUAAGACACUUCGCCGCCCAAGAACACAUAUUUGACAAGGCUUUCGUAGGAGUUAUAGGCAUUUCCUGGAGUAGUUUUAUGACCCUGGUGGUAGUCUGACCCUACUUCUGUACCGUGAACCUCAAGAAACACUCACUAUAACCCGGUUGACCCCCUCUUUGACCUCUAGAAAUGGUUGAUGUGAGAAGCAAAACUGUCUUAUAAUACUGAUCUAAGUUUCCUGUUCAGAAGCCCCCAAACAGUAGGUAUGGAGAGCCUGGAUUAGUGUGGAGAAAGAGAGAGAUGUGUUCAAUUCUAUAUACUUCCUUACAUUGCAUCCACACACACUCGCUUAACUCCUCAAUCCUCCAUACCCUUUUCUUCUACCCUUAACCCGUCUGCUGUGAUUGGAACAAAUUUGGCUUUCACUAGUAGCCUGGUAAUAUAUAGUCCCAGGUCUUUCUCUGCCUCUGUGGUGGAUAGUGGAGUGUUUCCCAUGUGGUACUGGUGUGCUGGAUAUCCCUUCACUGGUAGCCUGGUAACAUACACUCCCAGGUCUUUCUCUGCCUCUGUGGUGGAUAGUGGAGUGUUUCCCAUGUGGUAUUGGUGUGCUGGAUAUCCCUUCACUGGUAGCCUGGUAACAUACACUCCCAGGUCUUUCUCUGCCUCUGUGGUGGAUAGUGGAGUGUUUCCCAUGUGGUAUUGGUGUGCUGGAUAUCCCUUCACUGGUAGCCUGGUAACAUACACUCCCAGGUCUUUCUCUGCCUCUGUGGUGGAUAGUGGAGUGUUUCCCAUGUGGUACUGGUGUGCUGGAUAUCCCUUCACUGGUAGCCUGGUAACACAAACUCCCAGGUCUUUCUCUGCCUCUGUGGUGGAUAGUGGAGUGUUUCCCAUGUGGUACUGGUGUGCUGGAUAUCCCUUCACUGGUAGCCUGGUAACACAAACUCCCAUGUCUUUCUCUGCCUCUGUGGUGGAUAGUGGAGUGUUUCCCAUGUGGUAUUGGUGUGCUGGAUAUCCCUUCACUGGUAGCCUGGUAACAUACACUCCCAGGUCUUUCUCUGCCUCUGUGGUGGAUAGUGGAGUGUUUCCCAUGUGGUAUUGGUGUGCUGGAUAUCCCUUCACUGGUAGCCUGGUAACAUACACUCCCAGGUCUUUCUCUGCCUCUGUGGUGGAUAGUGGAGUGUUUCCCAUGUGGUACUGGUGUGCUGGAUAUCCCUUCACUGGUAGCCUGGUAACACAAACUCCCAGGUCUUUCUCUGCCUCUGUGGUGGAUAGUGGAGUGUUUCCCAUGUGGUAUUGGUGUGCUGGAUAUCCCUUCACUGGUAGCCUGGUAACAUACACUCCCAGGUCUUUCUCUGCCUCUGUGGUGGAUAGUGGAGUGUUUCCCAUGUGGUAUUGGUGUGCUGGAUAUCCCUUCACUGGUAGCCUGGUAACAUACACUCCCAGGUCUUUCUCUGCCUCUGUGGUGGAUAGUGGAGUGUUUCCCAUGUGGUAUUGGUGUGCUGGAUAUCCCUUCACUGGUAGCCUGGUAACAUACACUCCCAGGUCUUUCUCUGCCUCUGUGGUGGAUAGUGGAGUGUUUCCCAUGUGGUAUUGGUGUGCUGGAUAUCCCUUCACUGGUAGCCUGGUAACAUACACUCCCAGGUCUUUCUCUGCCUCUGUGGUGGAUAGUGGAGUCUUUCCCAUGUGGUAUUGGUGUGCUGGAUAUCCCCUCACUGGUAGCCUGGUAACAUACACUCCCAGGUCUUUCUCUGCCUCUGUGGUGGAUAGUGGAGUGUUUCCCAUGUGGUAUUGGUGUGCUGGAUAUCCCUUCACUGGUAGCCUGGUAACACAAACUCCCAUGUCUUUCUCUGCCUCUGUGGUGGAUAGUGGAGUGUUUCCCAAGUGGUAUUGGUGUGCUGGAUAUCCCUUCACUGGUAGCCCGGUAACAUACACUCCCAGGUCUUUCUCUGCCUCUGUGGUGGAUAGUGGAGUGUUUCCCAUGUGGUAUUGGUGUGCUGGAUAUCCCUUCACUGGUAGCCCGGUAACAUACACUCCCAGGUCUUUCUCUGCCUCUGUGGUGGAUAGUGGAGUGUUUCCCAUGUGGUAUUGGUGUGCUGGAUAUCCCUUCACUGGUAGCCUGGUAACAUACACUCCCAGGUCUUUCACUGCCUCUGUGGUGGAUAGUGGAGUGUUUCCCAUGUGGUAUUGGUGUGCUGGAUAUCCCCUCCCAAGGUGCAGGACUUUUCAUUUUUCUUCAUUGAAUUGUAGCGACCACUUUUUGAUCCAUUUCUGUAGCUUGGUGAUGUCUUCUUGUUGGAAAUCCGCAGUCAAGUGGUUAAAUACACUUCUAGACACACACUUUUAUCAUUAUUAGUGUUUGUGAGCGAGAGCAAGUGGGCCAGUGAGUAUGUUAGUAAGAUACCUUGCAAAAGAGGGUCAGCAUAGUAAAUUAAAUAUAAAAUAACUCAAUGAUGGAACUGUAAAAAUAUCCCUAAUAACCUCUCCCUGCACCAUUACGUCACCUGAUAAUGGUAUAGGGUAUCAGUUUAAUAAGAUACACCUCACCUGCACCACCUUGCUAAUCCGAGUCUGUGCGCCUUGAUAAACAUAACCUGCUUGCCUGAGGUGAUAAUCUGCCUGUCUGUCUGUGUGUGUGUGUGUGUGUGUGUGUGUGUGUGUGGUGGGAGAUGACAGCGUAUGGUGCACGAAGGAGGAGAAAAAUGUUAUCUCUGUACAUAUGAAACUUGCUUAAUGUACGUUUUUUUUUACGGGAAACUUGCUUAAUGUACGUUUUUUUUUACGGGAAACUUGCUUAAUGUACGUUUUUUUUACGGGAAACUUGCUUAAUGUACGUUUUUUUUACGGGAAACUUGCUUAAUGUAUGUUUUUUUUACGGGAAACUUGCUUAAUGUACGUUUUUUUUUACGGGAAACUUGCUUAAUGUACGUUUUUUUUUACGGGAAACUUGCUUAAUGUACGUUUUUUUUUACGGGAAAGGAAGGUUAAAAAAGAAAAGUAUAAAAAUAGGUGUUGGGACGAGGAAGAAGAAGUAGAAGUAGAAGAAAAAAAGAAGAAGAAAAAGGUUAGGAAGAAGAGGAAGAAGUAAAAUAUGAAAAGAAGACAGAGAAGAAAAAGUAGAAAGAAGUAG